AAUGUCGAAAUAAGCGAGUUUAGUGCACCCAAAGUGCGCUCUAAGAUUGUGCAAAUUGUGUCAGAAAAAAGUUUUUUCUUCUCCGUUUUGUUGUGUGUUGGUGAGCGAUAGUGACCUUCCUGCAAGGCGCGUAUCAAAUAACAAAGCAAUUUCAGCGCAAGAAGCUUGGAAGCCCGAUAAAAACAACAAAUUUCGAUACUGUCGGCGGAGGGUGUAAAGGAAUUUUCGCUCAGGAUUGUCCCACGCCCCCCGAUAAUGGAGGAUUUCACACCUUUAAUAAAUCUACAGAGAAAGUAAACUGCAAAACGCUUUCCUCACCCUUCACAAAAAAUCUACCUGCAAGGAUCUAAACGAUAAAUAAAAAAACAGCACCAUUUAGCAGCGCAAAAAGCAAACAGAUUACAAAUUUCGCGCUGCUCGUCGUGAGGUUCCUGUUGCUCAACAGCGAGAGAGGACACAAACAGUCGCGAACCGAGAGUUUACAAUUCAGUUUUGCCAUCCAGCUCGCGAAGGAUGAAGGACGAGCGGGAUCCCCUGCUGGGUGGUUCGGACAACUCGCUGGACACCAACGAGCAACAGCACCUGCUAGCGAGGCCGGACCUGCGCAGUUCGCCGGAGAACAUGAUCGUGGACGUGGGCCACGAAAACGACAGUCUUGUGCCCGGCAGCAGGGACGACCCAACGUACGGCUCGUCGGUAAACGAAACGUACGAUCCCUCGAUGCAUCGUACGCUGGAACACCCCACGACUAACCUGGACACGAUGAUCCAUCUGUUGAAGGGCAACAUUGGCACCGGGAUUCUGGCGAUGCCGGAUGCGUUCAAGAAUGCUGGUCUGUACGUGGGACUGUUCGGGACGCUGUUGAUGGGCGUGAUUUGUACGCAUUGUAUGCACGUGCUGGUCAAGUGCUCGCACGAGCUGUGCCGGCGACUGCAGGUACCGUCGCUGAACUUUGCCGAGGUGUGUCACCGAUCGUUCGAGUCUGGGCCGAUCGGCCUGCGGAGGUACUCGACGUUGGUUCGGAAUUUGAUCAACAUGUUCCUGGUGAUAACGCAGCUGGGCUUUUGCUGCGUGUAUUUUGUGUUUGUCGCGGCGAACAUUCGUGAAGUUGUAGCGCACUACUAUUUCGAUCUGGACACGAGAAUCUACCUGCUGCUGUUGCUCAUCCCGAUGGUGCUGCUGAAUUUGGUCAAGAACCUCAAGUAUUUGACGCCGAUCUCGUUGAUUGCCGCGUUUUUGACCGUUGCAGGUCUCACGUGCACGUUCUACUACGUGCUGCAGGAUCUGCCCAACACGCACACCGUCAAACCGUUCGCUACCUGGGCCCAGCUGCCGCUGUACUUUGGCACGGCCGUGUACGCGUUCGAAGGAAUCGGCAUUGUGCUUCCGCUGGAGAACAACAUGAAAACGCCGGAGGACUUUGGCGGCAUGACCGGAGUGCUCAACACCGGCAUGGUCAUCGUUGCCUGUCUGUACACGGCCGUCGGCUUCUUCGGCUAUCUCAAGUACGGUGAAGACGUGCAGGGCAGCAUCACGCUCAAUCUUCCAGGGGAUCAAUUCAUCGCCCAGCUGGUCCGCAUCAUGAUGGCCCUCGCGAUCUUCUUCUCGUACGGGCUGCAGUUCUACGUGCCCAUCUCGAUCCUGUCCCCGUCCGUCAAGCGACGGCUGCACUCCGAGCAGGCCCAGCUAAUCGGUGAGUAUCUGAUGCGCGUUGGGCUGGUAGUGUUCACCUUUCUCCUCGCCGCCAUGAUUCCGAACCUGGGGGCGGUAAUUUCGCUGGUCGGUGCCGUCAGCAGCAGCACGCUGGCGUUGAUCUUUCCGCCGUUGAUCGAAAUCGUCACCUUCUGGCCGGACGGCCUCGGCAAGCGCUACUGGGUGCUGUGGAAGGACAUUGGCAUCAUGAUGUUUGGCAUUUGUGGGUUCGUGUUCGGCACGUACACCAGCGUGGCACAAAUCAUCAACCCGAAUCUGCACUAAAUUCGGGUUGGGUUGAGGGGGAAUGCACACACACAAAGCGCGCAGAAUUACGUACUAUGCGAGCGUAAUGACAUGUAGGAUAUGGAUAUUCUUAAAUUUUUAAGAAUCUGAAGCUGUAAAUUAUAUUAUCGAAAGUGAAACAAUAACACAUAUAUUUAUAGUAUUGCGCGUAAGAAAAGACACAAACUGUGCGUGGGAGAACUCCUACUAGUGAAAAGGGUGGAAUCUUAAGCUCUCAGUGUGAUUAUUACAUUUUAGUUUAGGCAGGUAACAGAGGCACUUUGGACUCGAAGCAAGCCCAACAGUGAGCUGUGUAUUAUCAUAAUAUAUUGUAGCAUUCUAAAAGCAGGCCGAGCUGGAGCAAGUGUUGCAAAAGUUUCUAAUGUAGACGCGUUACGUUACUUUUGCGUGUUUAUAGCCAAAUUUGUCGUGAUUGUAGACCAUCACUAAAACUACUUUGUUAAGAGAUACUACUAACCAAAAUUGCCACGAAUAAUGCAGUAAUAAAAUGUUCAAGCAGAAAGUUUUUUUUAUUUUAUUUUAUUUUUUUAAUAAAAGCAAUCGAUUAUAUUUCACAUUCAAAUCUCAGCAGGGUUGUCAAUUGGGAUACAAAUAUUUUGAUGUUUUUUAUUCUUGCUGUUAAAAUAUGACUCUCAAAUUUUAAUAUUCAAAGAAGUGCAGUACUGUACUUGUUCUGUAACUGGGCUGAAAACGUAGCACAGUUACCGAAUGCUGCUCGUCAGCUGGGCUGAUCAAAAAUGACUAGGGGAACAUCAAUGCAUUCUUAACAAUAAAAUAUCUCAAAAAUAUUUACAAAGAAUAACCUUUAAAUAUCAUUUGAAUACGACAUGUCAUUUUUUUAAACUUAAAAAAUAUUUUUUAUUUGUUGAUAUCCAUCCACUGACCCCCCUAUCAUUUUGUUUUGAUAUUGUUUCUUUGACGUUAGAAAGCAACCGAGUUAAACAACACCCAGUUUCCGAUAAAGAACUGUUACUAGAACUUCAAUAUUAAAAAAAAGGUUCAGGAUGUUAUGUUACAGGCAUUCCCAAUAUGACAAAGAACUUUGUAAGAACCUACUCCAAACUUUUUUAUGGUCCCUUGGCGGAACAUCUCCGGUUGCUCCCAUUCAUUCCAGCUAGCCGUUGCUUCCUGACCAAAGAUUCAUUGACUUGACCCCUCCCCUUUUAGCAGGUCACGUUAAUCUUACAUCCCAAGAGAAGAAGUCGUGACUCAACACUUUUUGAAUUUCAAACAAAGCGAUUUCGACAAAGUUCUUUGUCAUAACAAAACCAAAUUUGUCAUUGUUUACGACCCUGCUUUUAUGACAACAGCUAAAAUAUUACUUUCUAUCAAAACAAAACAAAAAGAGGCAUAAAAAAAACCAUAAACUACAAUAUCUCGUAACGAUACGAUAGUCUUGCCAAUCCACUAUUAGCAUGACAAUAAUCUAUACAUCAGCAUAAAAUGUGUUGAAUAAGUAGCGUAAGCCUGUGAGGAAUUAUUUUCUAUAAAAAAACGUACGUUUAAACUGUCUGUACACUAUACUAUAUUGAAACUCCUGUUACUAGACUAUCCGUGUUAAGUUUUCCUCUGCGACCAAUCUAUUCUUCACUGUGAAUUGUUUUCGAACCCUACUGAGCAGUUCUCUAGGAUUUCGGUCAUUCGAUUUUUUUGUAUUUUUUAAUUCGGCUGAAACUUUUUUGGUGCCUUCGGUAUGCCCAAAGAAGCCAUUUUGCAUAAUUAGUUUGUCCAUAUAAUUUUCCAUACAAAUUUGGCAGCUGUCCAUACAAAAAUGAUGUAUGAAAAUUCAAAAAUCUGUAUCUUUUGAAAGAAAUUUUUUGAUCGAUUUGGUGUCUUCGGCAAAGUUCCAGGUUGUGCAAAAAAUCAUUGACCGAGUUAUAAAUUUUUUAAUCAAUACUAUUUUUUUAAAAAAUCGAAAUUUUGGUCGCAAAAAUUUUUCAACUUCAUUUCAAACAUUCAAUAUUUCGCCCUUUUAAAAUGUUAGUCUUGGCUUAAAAUUUUUGAAAAUAUUUUUUUCGAAAAGAUCGGAAAAUUUCACAACUGUUUCAUAUUUUAACAUUGAAAAUCGGACCAUUAGUUGCUGAGAUAUCGACAUUGAAAAAUGGUGGGCUGUUUGGGUGAGACUUAGAAAACAUAAAUUUUCCUGUUUUUAAACCUUUGCAUUGCAAUAUCUCAGCAACUAAAGGUCGUAUCAACAAAGUCCGAAGAAGCAAAAUAUAGAGAAUUUUCAAAGCUUUUCAAAAAUAUUUUUUUCAAAAGUGGGCAAACAUGUGCACUAAUUUAAAAAAAUGAAAAACUGCGACUAUUUUGAAAAAAGUUACAUGAAAAUGGCUAUAACUUGAAAACGGUGCACUUUAUCAAAAUUUCACUAAAGUACUUUUUGAUUGCAAAUUCAAUUUUACAUCGAAAAAUGAAGUUGAAAAAUUUUUGCGACCAAAAUUUCGAUUUUUUGAAAAAAAUAGUAUUGAUUAAAAAAUUCAUAACUCGGUCAAUGAUUUUUUGCACAACCUGGAAAUUUCUGAAAAGUUGGCUUUUUAUGUCCUCUAAAACAUAUCAAAAAAUAAAAAAAAUUAAAAAUAGUGUUUUUUUUGCAAAUCAAGUUUUAGUGAUAAAAAGUUAAAUAAAAAAAUCACCAAAUUUUUUUUACCGUGUACCAUUUUUUUCCAGUGUAGUCCGUAUCCAUACCUAAAACUUUGCCGAAGACACCAAAUCGAUCAAAAAAUUCCGUCAAAAGAUAAAGAUUUUUGAAUUUUCGUACAUCAUUUUUGUAUGGACAGCUGCCAAAUUUGUAUGGAAAAUUAUAUGGACAAACAAAUGAUGCAAAAUGGCUUCUUUGGGCAUACCGAAGGCACCAAAAAAGUUUCAGCCGGAUUAAAAAAUACAAAAAUUAAAAUUGAAGAAAAAAGACCGAUUUCGUAGAGAAUUGCUCUACUAUUGAUAUAAGUGUAGUACAAUUAUUUAGGCGGUAAAAAGAUGCGUGAGAAUAAAGAGUGACGAAUUUACGAGUUGAAUGGAAAAAGAUUUGAGUUAUUUUCAUAAUGUGCUUUCUUCUAAGUUCACGAAUUUUCAAAUGAAUUUCUUUAGGACAUGUGAUAUGAAUAGUCUUACAAAUUAAAUGAUAACUUGUCAAAAAUACUGCUAGUAAAUCAGUUUGGAGUUGUUUCUCAGAGUUGAAAGCAAAACUUUUGUAGAAACAACUCCAUAGCUGCCACAUUUAUUGCAUUCCACAAAAUUAGAGUCACAUUAACCGAUAAAUGAAGCGCUCAAAAUGUGUAAACUUUUGAAGUUGAUAGAAUAUGACGACCCCCUACCAGCAAACAUCCUUAUCCGAUAUUAGUGUGUUCAGUGUUUUUUGUGUUAUCAGCCUGUAAUGAAAAAAUAAGGAAAUAUUUGGUGACAAUAUUGGAAGAACUACUUAACUGAUAAUCGUCAUUUAUACACAACGUAAUAAAACAGUUGCAGUGUAGUGCGAACUUAUUUUACUCCCAAAAGCAACAAAAGGAUAAUAAUUAUACAAGUAAACAAACCGCAACUUCAAAGGGAAUUGAAAAAUAAACAUAUUUUACUAAC